UUCCCUUCCCUUGCCGUCCUGCCCGGCUACCUCGCUCUGCUCUACGCGUAUAAAGUAUAAACCCAGGCCAGGCGGCAUUGCGCUCACCCGCCGGUGCACUUGCUCUCGUCUCUCUGGUCUCCGAAUUUGGCGAUCGCGGGGAGGAAGAAGCGGCGAGGCAUGAAGGAGGUGGCGGCGGCGGGAGCGGGGGUGUCCCCGUGCGCGGCGUGCAAGCUGCUGCGGCGGCGGUGCUCGCCGGGGUGCGUGUUCGCGCCCUACUUCCCCUCCGGCGAGCCGCACCGCUUCGCCAGCGUGCACAAGGUCUUCGGCGCCAGCAACAUCAGCAAGCUCCUCCAGGAGAUUCCGGCAGAGCACCGGGGCGACACGGUGAGCAGCCUGGUGUACGAGGCGAACGCGCGCGUGCGCGACCCCAUCUACGGCUGCGUCGGCGCCAUCACGUCGCUGCAGCGGCAGGUGGAGUCGCUGCAGACCCAGCUCGCGCUGGCGCAGGCCGAGAUGGUCAGGCUCAGGAUGGCCAACGCCUACGGGGCGGCGCGCCACAACGGCGGUGGAAGCACCGCCAGCGGCUCGCCGUCCUCCAUGUCGUCGCCGACCAAGACAGCGGACCAUCACGACAUGGCCGUGGACCAGUCCGGCGUGAUGGAGCUGGAGCUGGAGUGCUCCAGGUUCUGGGCCUACUGAAGCUGGACGACAAGCUAUAUUACUACUUAGGCUGAUUUAGUGCGUGAUCAGGUGAUGGUUUGGUAUAUAUAGAAGUAUCAGUAAAUUUAGUAGCAAAUGGUGACCUAUACUUAAUCCAGCAUGUCCGGGGAUUUUUGGCUGUGCUUGUGUUGACAAGGUAGAAGAGACACUCCUACAGGCUACAGACAUUUGGUAUUUUGGUGUGUGCUUUGUGCUACCCCAUUGCAAGAACCUUGCUGCCCUUUGAAUUCUA